GUGCCUCUCGUAUGGUAACGCAGCAAGCAAAGCUAGAUAAACAAUGGGCUCCAGUUAACAAGCUUGUUGUAGGCCUCAAAUCUCUCCAUCAACCCACCACGAGCUCUGAUUAUGGCGGCCCAUACAAUGGCGUCAAGCUCCGCGCAUGAUGCGAAAAAGACCCCAAAGCCACUUCGCAAACGAACUGAAAACACAGCCUAUCACAUGCCUGGCCCGAUGGCUCCAAGAUUCAUCAUCUGUGACCGACAUGGACCUCCUCUUGAGUCUACCUUGAUUCCUCUCGCACGGGCUUUGAUUCUGUUCGACCUUCUACUUGCCAAGCGAGUUCAAAAAUUUCACCAAAAAGGUGCUUUGUCUGCAGAUGAGAUACGCAAAGCCAAAGCUCGUCGUUGGAUAGAUGAUUAUAAUGAUAUCAAUCAGCAGUGGAAAGACAUCGAUUCAGGUCAAUGUAACUUCAGUGAGCUGUACUUGAAAGGCAAUGGCUUCAUUCCCAUUUGGAAAGAAGGUAUGCGCAUCAUUAGAGAGGUGCUCAAGAGUAACCAAGUUUCCAGCAAUCAGUCUCGGAAGCGAGUUGAAUACGCGCGUAUUCUGGGAGAAUACGAGAGUCAAGCAGAUAACCUGCAGACUCAGAUAGCUGAUAUUGCUCACCGAGGUCUUUUCGAUCCAGACUUUCUCAAUCCAAUCCAAGAGCGCUGGAUGCGGCUGGAUGAAACUCUUGAGUUGCAUUACCACAUGUGUAACCUUUGCGUCGACGAAGACGAACCCCGUGUUUGUCAGCGUUCACUCAAAUGGCCAGAAGUUCGAAGCUUAAUACAAGUGGAUGAUGCAGGCACAAAACGUGACCACAGGCUCGGUCAAACCCAACUUGCUAGCAGACCGAGGAAGGCAACUGAGCCUGAUACGACAGCCGGAUCUAAGAUAGCCAACGCUUUCACUCUGUGGCUAGUAGUCUUCAGCUGUGCUGUGGCUCCUGCUGCAUUGUUCGCUCUUGGUUACUCCCGUUCACUCCAUCUCCAAGGAACAGCCGACGACGCAGACUUCUGGUUCCUUGUACAAGCCACAUUGGUGCAAGCCCAAGGGCUAGUCGUUUCUGCGCUUCUUGAACGAAAGCGUGGCCGCCUUCCAAAAUGGCGCUGGGCAUUUCCGGCUGCGAUUGCAGCAGCUUGUUCUAUCGCGGCGAUUCCCCUUUAUUUGACCGUACCAAAAGAGUGGAGCGCCUUUGUCUCUCUGGUUGCUGGAAUAACUCAGUCCUUUAUGAUAUUACAAUUGUUUCUUUUCUAA